CAUCUUUUUUUUCCUGUCUAGUGAUUGUUCGUGAUCACGUGACGUGAUGCGGAAGUGACGCGGGGCACUCAAAAGAGUUCAGCAUCUGGGAGCAAAAACACCAGCUAGCUUAUUUUUAUUUGCAGAGAAGCGGACUCUAACAAGGCAAUAACACCAACCACACUCACGAUUAGGCAGCCAUAAUGAAUCCGGUAUACAGCCCUGCACCAACAGGGGUCCCCUUCACCAAUCCGAAGGGUAUAGGCUAUCCAGCUGGAUUCCCUGUUGGCUACACUGCAGCAGCCCCAGCGUACACUCCAAGUGUCUAUCCAGGAGCAAAUCCAGCCUUCUCAAGUGGUUACGCCCCUGGUACUCCCUUCAAAAUGUCCUGUUCUCCCAACUCUGGGACCGUACCGCCAUACUCGUCCUCCACCAACCCUUACCCGGCCGCCGUCUACCCUGUCAGGAGCACCUACCCCCAACAUAACCCUUAUGCGCAGGCGCUGAUCCCGUCACAGCAGCAAGGUACUUAUUUCACACAGCCGCUGUAUGCGGCGCCGCCUCACGUGAUCCAUCACACGACAGUGGUUCAGCCCAACGGGAUGCCCGCUGCCAUGUAUGCCCCGCCCAUCCCUCCGCCCCGUAACAACGGGGUCACCAUGGGGAUGGUUGCCGGCACCACCAUGGCCAUGUCAGCUGGAACGUUGCUGUCAACUCCGUCACCGGCGCCGGCCGCUCUCGCCCCCCACCCCGUUACCAUGCCCACAUAUCGGCCCGCUGGCACGCACAGCUACAGCUACGUGCCCCCGCAGUGGUGAACACAAGGCUGAGCGAGGCAGGAGGCGCUAUAGAUAUGCAUUCACACUCCAGCGGCGGACCUGCUCUGCCGGCGUCUGCAACCUGUUUGUCUUUUCCAGCAUAAUGUGAAUCUCAAACCAUGUAGGUCCAUUUGGGAGGGGGGGCAAGGGUAGGGACGGGUCGUCAUCCCCGUGUUUUAAUGGAAUUAGGUUGCAUUCCACGCCACACCCCUGCCUGUAUGUCACACACGGAACGGCCUAAAAGCCUCCAUGCAAUUGUUUAUGCAGUUUUUUUUCUAGCUUCAACUAGCUCGUGGUGAAAACGGGAGGUGUGGAGUAGUUUAUUUCCUCACCAGCCCAUCCUACCCCCCACCCCUCUGGUUUCUGUUCUGUUUUGGAGAUGCAUCCGAUGUUGAAUGCAUGUUGUAUAUGUAGAUGUAUGAAGGUAAUGCUAGCUCAAUCUACCUGCUGUGACUAGAUGCAAAAUCCUACGGACGAAACUAGGGAUGGGCAUUAUCACGAAUGAACUCCAAAAUUGAUCGAUUUUUUGGAAUGGAUAGUAGAUUCGAUGUAUAACAGUUAGCUGCGCAGUACUGGGGUGCAACCAGUAGAGGCACUGUUGGCUCACUUUCAGCUAGCAUCAACUAGAGCCCAAUGUCCUCUGCUGAGGAAUAACUCCUCCCUGCAACAUUAUUCUUAUCCAUAUACCGCAUAUUUAAAAGUAUUAAUAAAAAUAUAUAUCAUAUCUAAUGGACCGUUCUGACAUUGAGUGGAAUGCCCAUCUCUAAAAGAACACAUCCAAAGGAAGUCAAAAGUAAUAAAUUUCCAAUGCUGACUCACCUACUGUGAAAGAUGUUCAUGCAAAAAAAAAAAAGUGCAGAACCAAUCGUUCUGUUUUCAAGGCUUUGUGUUUUACUAAGUGAAGCUUGUUUAUUUGACUUAAAUCUGAUUUUUCAUGCAGUGUAUGAAAUGUGUUUUACCGGUUGCGUAUUCUAGGAAAAAGAUUGUGGCCAUUCCAACACGUAAUAAUAAUUCAAAGAGCCUAAGAAUGCUACCAUAAUGUGCAUAGAAUUGUCUCAUGAAUGAAUUUGUCCUUAAGUAGGUCUGAUGCACUACUCCACCGCUAACUACCUUCAAGUUAAGAUGAAAUAUUCAUGUUAAACUCCAUUUGUGACUAGCACUACUGAUGGAAGGCACUUAUUCAAAGCAGUUUUGCAAUGAUACCUGACCUUUAUGUUGACAUUGCUUCCAGUUGUAGCAUCGGGUUCUAGGCUGACCCGUCAGAAUCACUGUCUCAGACUUGCUUUUAUGAUGUCGCCUCAGUCACUUGAGCUCAAUAAUCUGUUUUGUACAUGUUAUUUUUUGUGGUUUUGGUUCUUGUUUUGUAUUUUAAUGAAAGCGCAAAAAUAAAAACAAAUAUA